UCAUCCUACUUUCUCUAGGGUUUAUAUCGAAGUACUGUCCCUCUCUGUCAGCACCGAAACAGUCACAGAGCCUACAGAGAGAGAGAGAGGAGCAAGAAAGAAGUAAUGGAUUCGUUUUCUUCACAUUCAAGUAUGGGAUCUGGGUCACCCCAAAUUUCAGCUGAAGACUUGAAGGACCAGUUAAAGAAUCAACUUGCACAAGCUUAUGCCCAGGAGUUCCUUGAGACUGUGAGGGAGAAAUGCUUUGAAAAGUGCAUUACAAGACCAGGGUCAAGCCUGAGUGGGAGCGAAAGUAGCUGCACCUCUAGGUGUGUGGAACGCUACAUCGAGGCUACUGGCAUCAUCAGUAGAGCCCUUUUCAGUGCACCACGCUGAACAUAGUAGAAAGUUUCCUGAAGAUGUCCUGCAAACUGUCUAGGGAACUCGAGUGACAGCAGAGAUUUUGUCUCUUAUAUUGUAACCCAUUUUAUCAUUCAUAAUGUGGACAGAUGUUUUCUUCAUAUUGAUCUGUAAAAGAUUUAUCCAGUUGAAAUUCAGCCAAUUCUUGGACAAUUAGUUA